AUGUCUGUCUUUGAUUACAUUGCAAAUGCAUGCUCUUCCUUGCCCUCUGCGGUUCCAGCUGCAGCAAAAGUGUACAAGGAUGAUUGCAUGUAUUCGUUUGACACUCCAGAGAACAACGAGUUUGGGUUAGAUGUGUGCAUGUCAUGUUACCAAGCGUUCGCCAGAGCGCCACAGAAAAAUUAUACAUCUGAACAUUACUCUGAGAAGCGUCAUCCGCUCUAUGUGAACAUCAAGAAGACUUUGAAGCCGGAAAGUGAGAGGCUCAAGAAAGACUCGGAUGAUUUGUCUAUGGAAUCAGAGGAGUCCAAGACAAAACAACCGAAGCUUGAAAUACCUGAACAAAAAGAGACGGAUCUAUUUAACAUCAACACAUGCAUAUACGUUGCCCCUUUGGAUCAGUCGACUUCCAUAGAGGACUCGCCAGAGACUGCUAGACUGCUUGCGAACCUGAUCCUUUCAGCCAAUUCGGCUGAAAAGAACGAUGAAAUCAAAGCCUGGGAAAAUGAAGUGUACCCAUGUGAACACUCCACCGAUAUUGAGUGUGACAAGGUGGCGGUGGAGCUCAAAAAAUGCGCCAUGUGUGAUUUGCAAGAGAACUUGUGGCUCUGCUUAACUUGUGGAGCCGUCGGUUGUGGGCGUCAGCAGUUCGGCUCUGACAUCAAGGGCAACUCUCAUGCAUUGAAGCACUAUGACGACUCGGGCCAUGCUGUGGCAGUGAAGUUAGGGUCCCUAUCAGCUGACGAUGAGGACAAUUGUGACUGCUACUGUUACAAGUGUAAUGACGAGGUGAAGGUUCCAAAUUUGGCUGAGAAGCUCUUGAACUUUGAUAUCGACUUGCGUAGCGCCGUCAAGACAGAAAAGAAUCUCGUUGAGUUGAAUCUUGAUAGGAACAUGAACUGGCAGUUCAACCUAGAUGGCAACGAUGGUGAGCUUCUAACACCCGUUUUUGGACCAGGAUUGACUGGCUUGCAAAACUUGGGCAACUCUUGCUAUUUAAAUUCGACUGUACAAGCCUUAUUCAGCUUCCCUAGCUACCGGCACUUCUUUUCUCAAUUAGAAUUUGACAAACUGGUAAAGGAUCCAGCUGCUGACUUGCGUUCUCAAAUGAUCAAGUUGUAUGAUGGGUUAUCAUCGGGGAGAUAUUCAAAACCCAAUGAACUCAAAGGCGAUAAUUAUCAAUGGGGCUUAAAACCUACGACUUUCAAGAGCCACAUUGGCGCCGACCACUAUGAAUUUAAAACAAACAAGCAGCAAGAUGCUAACGAGUUUCUUCUCUAUCUAAUUGACAAGCUAGACAAAGAGUUCGGCUUAAGUUUGAAUAAAGAUUUCAAGUUUUUGCUUGGAAGUAAGUUGAUCUGCUCCGAGUGCCACAAUGGGACGAUGUCGGAAGAGCUAGUUGAUAAUGUGUCAGUCGCCCUAAAUGCUCAUGUCAUCGGAAUGGAUGAAGAUGGCAAGAAGCAGUACAGAGAAGUUGAUUUGAACGAAUGUUUCUCGAAUACCUUCGACACCGAGCGAAUUGAUGGAUACCAAUGCGACACCUGUGGCAAGAAAACCACAGCUUUCAAAACGAGUGGCUUCACCACAUAUCCUCAAAACCUAAUUGUCAAUGCACAGAGAAUUCAGCUUGAGAACUGGGUUCCGGUGAAGGUUGAUGUUCCUAUUUCCCUUCCAGAACAACUUGAUCUAGGGGCGUUCAAGUCGCCGAAAUUCGAGAAUGGAGAAAGGGAGAUCGAGAAGGAUGCACAAAAGGAAAGCGACACUAAAUUCAUCCCUAAUGCAGGGGCCUUUGAACAAUUGCAAGCCAUGGGUUUUCCUGAAGUUCGGUGUAUCAAGGGUCUUUAUCACACCGGCAAUACUAAUGCAGAGGAUGCUAUGAACUGGCUUUUCGCCCACAUGGAAGAUCCUGACAUUGAUGAGCCAUUUGAUCCCGCAGAGACAGGACAGACAAAUAUUGCGGGACCUAGGGAGCCUGAUACAGAGAGCAUCAAUAAUCUUGUAGCCAUGGGCUUCAGCGCUCAGCUUGCCAAGAAGGCUCUUGUUGUCAAUUCCAACGAUGUGAAUGCCGCCGUUGAAUGGCUCUUCAAUAACCCUGAUGAUGAUGGCGUCAUUGAAGACAGCAAGCCUGUGGUGAAUAUACAGAGAGAGACAGAGGAGUUGAAGCAGGCGUUGCUAGGGGAAGCUACGAAGCCUCAAACAGCAUCCUACGAGCUAAAGGCUGUCAUAUGCCACAAGGGCAACUCACCCCAUACAGGUCAUUACGUUGUGUUUAUCAAGCACGAAGGGGAGUGGGUGUUGUUUAAUGACGAAAAAGUCGUGAAGUGCCAGCAAACGAGCUUAAAAGAUAUGGUCAAUUGCGGUUAUGUGUAUUUUUUCGCUAAAGUAUGA